AUGAGUGAAAUCGGUGGAGCAAUCAAGAAUUUCAUUUUGAAAGGGCCGGUUAGAACUGUACCAAUAAAACCAUCUAUCCCUUCUACAAGUCCUCAAAGUGCAUGGACAAGCAUAGAAUCAGGCUCCGCCCACUUAUCGCGUGCUUCUACUUCUUCCAUUUCCCCUUCGACAUCUGCAGAAUCUGAAACAGAAGAGACACUUCCCACCUCUUUGAGAGCACGCGGCUCAAGCUCCGCCCACUCUUGCUCGGCGGCGACAACGAGCCAGGGCAAUCGUCAGAGUAAAGAGAAAGAUCCGUCGACUGGUUUCCAAAAAAUGGGAUCCACUGAAAAUGGAGGCACCAAUGGGUGCUCGAAUGGUCAACAUGUUUUAUUGAUGGAAAAACAAGAGAAAAUCGAGCCGAAAGUCUUUGCGAAACGUUGGGUGAUCCUCAUUAUUUUUAUGUUCUUAUCCGGAUCAAAUGGUGCUCAAUGGAUACAGUACUCCAUUAUUGCUAACAUUAUCUCCGAAUAUUAUAAUGUUUCAUUCCAAGCUGUCGAUUGGACUUCUAUGAUUUAUAUGCUCACAUACAUUUUCUUCUUCAUUCCAGCUGCAUGGCUUCUCGAUAAAUGGGGACUUCGUCUUUCUGUUCUUCUCGGAGCACUGGGAAAUUGCAUUGGAGCAUGGAUCAAACUCAUGUCAACACAUCCAGAUUCCUUCUGGGUGACAUUCGUCGGGCAAACAAUCGUCGGAGCAUCUCAAAUGUUCACAUUAGGAAUUCCACCCCGAUUGGCAGCUGUCUGGUUUGGACCUGAUGAAGUUUCUCGUGCUUGUGCUCUUGGAGUUUUCGGAAAUCAAUUGGGGAUUGCUGUUGGAUUUGUGUUGCCUCCAAUGAUUGUUUCGAAUGGAACUGUACAACACAUCACUUAUGACUUGAAUACUCUUUUCCUGGGAUCUGCUGUCUUGAAUACUAUCAUUCUGGCAUUGGUUGUUUGCUUUUUCACCGCCCGUCCAUCAGUUCCACCAAGUCUCGCCCAAGUGAAUGCUCUUGAAGAGAAGACGUUCGAUAACAACUUCUGGGGAACUCUAAGAAAAUUGAUGACUUCUCGCGACUUUGUCAUUUUAUUCAUUACCUACGGAAUCAACACUGGAGUCUUCUAUGCCAUCUCUACACUUCUUUCUCAAAUGGUUUUGAGCGUAUAUCCGAAUGAAACCGUAGCAGUCGGUCAAGUUGGUCUAGUGAUUGUUGUUGCUGGAAUGGCAGGAUCUGUUGUCGGAGGAUUCAUUUUGGACAAAUUCAAAAAGUUCAAAUUGACCACAAUCAUGAUUUAUCUUUUCUCUUUCAUUGGAAUGCUCUCUUUCACUCUCACUAUUGAUUUGGAUUCUAUGGUUAUAGUUUUCAUCAAUGCUGCUCUCUUAGGAUUCUUCAUGACUGGAUACUUGCCAAUUGGAUUUGAAUUUGCCGCCGAAAUCACGUACCCAGCAGCUGAAGGGACCACAAGUGGUCUUUUGAAUGCAAGUGCACAGAUAUUCGGAAUCGCCCUCACAUGGCUCAUGGGAAUUGUGAUGCACAGUUUUGGAACACUCACCAGUAAUAUCAUAAUGAGUACUUGUCUGAUUGUGGGAACUGUUCUUACAUGUUUCAUUAGAGAAGAUCUGAAACGCCAAAAAGCUCAUUCAGUGCAAUGCCAGAUUCCAGUAAGCUAUUCCUCCCCUUUUUCAACUAGAAUUACUCGUUUUCAGACAUCCGAAACUCAACUGACAAGCUGUACAAUUCAACAAAACGAGCACUUUUAA